GUCCACUGCUCACACUCCUUUUGCACCAUCACUCAUCUCCCACUUCUCUCCUGAUUCCUUCUGCGCAACUUGUCUCCUUCAAACUUCUCUUCUACAUCGGCCCCGGCGAACCCGCGACUCCGACGAACCUGCAGCUGCAUCACAUUCGCGCGAACCGGAACUGGGCGCGAUAGCGAUAAGACACGAGCGAACGCGCGCGCGCCAUAUCCCGAAGACAGGCCGCAUUGCAUCUGCAUUGUCCCCUCUUUGCGCCAGUCAGCGGUGGUAGCACAGAGACUCGCCUACAGCUUCCAGACAUCUUGCACGUGGGAGCUGACUUUGGAGCUACUGCAACGUCCAUCAUCUGGAACCUCCUGAUAAGGGACCAACUGAUCGCUGAUCAUCGACGCAACAUCACCACGUUUGAAUCAGCAGAACGCGGGUUAUACGGAGAAGGCAUACCUGGAGUUCCAGCAAACAGACAAGAUGGCUCGCGACGCAGUACAAGAAAGAGAGCGACAUAGGGCAAAUGGCAACGGCCACUUGAAUGGCUCUAUGCAACAGAAUGGACAUCCCAAAGCUCCACAGAUUGCAGUGGACAACAACGAUGAUCAAACGGAUGAGAACAUCUUUCUCUUCAUCCCGAACUUGAUCGGCUACGCCCGCAUCGUCCUCGCUAUCGCAUCCCUGUACUUCAUGCCACUGCACCCACGCCGCUGCAGUUUCCUCUAUUCCAUCUCCUGCCUUCUCGACGCCGCAGAUGGCAUUGCCGCACGCAAAUACGAACAAUCCACACGUUUCGGAGCCGUACUCGAUAUGGUCACCGAUCGAUGCACUACCACCUGCCUACUCGUUUUCCUCGCAACCGCCAAACCAGCAUAUUCAGUAAUCUUCCAACUCUUGAUCAGUUUGGAUCUCGCUAGCCAUUACAUGCACAUGUAUGCUACGUUGGUCAUGGGCGGACAGAGUCAGAGCCAUAAGAAUGUGGAUGCUAAGAAGAGCUAUGUUAUGCAUUUGUAUUAUACCAAUAAGACCGUCCUCUUCAUCGUCUGCGCUCUCAAUGAACUCUGCUUCAUCGGCCUCUACCUCCUCUGCUUCAGCUCCCCGUUCCUCACCCCAGCCCUCCGAAAUCCCAUCCCCGGAACCGAAUCCGCUACGACGCCCACCUCCAACCCUCUAGAUCCUAAACCCUCGCUCUUCUUCCCGAACCCUUUCAGCCCUGCCGCAAUGGAAUACGCUCGAGCGAAUAAGAUGGACUCGAAUGUGCCGUGGAUUCUGUUUGCCGCGAGUGCGCCCGUCAUGCUGUUCAAGCAGUAUGUCAACGUGGUGCAAUUGGUGCAGGCGAGUCGGUGGUUGGCUGAGGGCGACAGGAGGGAGAGGAAGAAGCAGGGAUUGCCGAGGAGAAGAAGUGGGAAGGGAAGAAUCGCGGGCAAGAAGGGCUUGUGAACAACAAUGUGAAAAGGAGGUGUAAUAUAUGAUUUUCCUUCUCCUUUCGGUUUCAGGAUUUUCGGAUGUCUUGGACACGUGCGAUGGAUGGGCCUUUUCAUUUUGUUAUGGGAACUUGAUGGCUGUUUGAGGAUUCUGCUGCUUCACACUAACAGCUGUGGACUGGGAGUAUUGAGGAGGAAUGGAGGUGCUGGACAGUGCCAGACAUCUCGAGAACUGUAGGUGACUGGAGUCAUCCUCUUUCUAUCUGAGCAAGGACAGAAAGUAUGUGUGCGAUUAGCGAGGCGUUUAAGGCGCGAAAGAGAGAGACGGAGAAACGGAGGACAUGUACACGGACAGAACGGCAUUUGUGGAAGUCAACUGAAUCCCGUCGUUGUUUACAAACUCAUGAGAAGAGAGACCCAAGGGUCCAUGCGUCUUAUUAAGGAAGAAGAAACCCCGAUCGCUAGUGGGACACAAGCAGGAACGCACAUAGU